AUGGCCGGAUUCAAACCAGACCACAUUGAGAAUCGCCUGUUCAUCAACGGCGAAUUUGUCCCUUCGAUAUCGGGCAAGAAAUUUGACAUUGUAAACCCCAGCACGGAAAAGCUCGCGGCAUCAGUGUACGAAGCCGGCGCUGAGGAUGUCGAUGCUGCAGUCAAAGCUGCCAAAGAGGCAUUCCCUUCUUGGUCUGCCCUCUCCGCCUCUGAUCGACAGGGCUAUCUACUUAAGCUGGCCGAUGCUUUGGCCAAAAACGUUACAGAACUCAGCUAUCUUGAGGCAAUAACGAUGGGCAAACCGUAUGUCGGUGACUUCCUAAAUAUGUUCGGGAUCGAGAUCUUGAGGUAUCUUGCGAGCAAAGCUCUAGAUAUCAACGGCGAUUCAUCCCUGAAUACAGCCGGCCAUGUCAACAUCACUUUGCGUCAACCUUUCGGUGUCUGUGGCGCCAUCAUUCCAUGGAACGUUCCUCUUCUCAUGUUCAUCAACAAGGCUGGACCUGCCCUGGCCGCCGGUAACACUCUCGUCCUCAAGACGUCCGAAAAGUCACCGCUUUCUUGUUUGAAAGUCGCCCAGCUUUGUCAAGAGAUCGGCCUGCCGAAGGGUGUGCUCAACAUCUUAUCCGGGUUCGGAAGACCUUGUGGCGAAGCAAUUGCCAAACACAUGGAUAUCCGUAAGAUUUCCUUUACAGGAUCAGCUGUGGCCGGACGAGCUGUGAAGAAGGCAGCUGCCGAAUCCAACCUGAAGAACGUCACCCUUGAACUCGGAGGAAAGAGUCCCACAGUCAUUUUUGAGGAUGCGGAUCUGGCCAAAGCCAUUCCAGCCAGUGCCAUGUCUGUCCUCAUGAACUCUGGGCAGGCCUGCAUCGCUAGCUCAAGGGUCUAUGUCCACGCAUCGAUUGCCGACAAAUUCAUUGAGGGUAUGAAGACAGCUAUGAUCCAAAUGGGCAAAUCUGGCGACCCUCUUGCGGAGGGCACCGUACGAGGCCCGCAAGCAGACAAACUCCAAUUCGACCGAGUAAUGUCCUACUUGAACUAUGCCAAGGACAACAAGAUCGACAUGCCAAUUGGUGGCGGUAGAGAAGGGAACACUGGCUACUUCAUCGAGCCCACCAUUAUUGCCAAUGCGCCAGAGGAUUCCAAGGUCAUGAAGGAAGAGAUAUUUGGCCCCGUUGUCUGCAUCAACACUUUCACCGACGAAGAUGAGGUAUUGAAACGUGCCAACGAUACUGAGUACGGGCUUUAUGCUAGUGUUUUCACAAAAGAUGUUUCGCGAGCGUUGCGUGUCGCCAAAGCACUCGAAGCCGGAUCGGUUGGUGUCAACUGCACGAGUCCUACUAUGGCUCUCGACCUUCCAUUUGGGGGUUGGAAGCAAAGUGGUGAUGGCAGAGAACUCAGCAAGUAUGCCACUGAUUACUGGACUGAGUUGAAGAGUGUAUUUAUUGCUUUGUAA